AUGGCAACCACAGCCGAUUUCGCAGACGUUGAUGGCUGGAUUCAGCAUCUUAUGCAAUGUAAGCAGCUGCCAGAAGCUGAUGUAAAGAGAUUGUGCGACAAGGCCCGUGAAAUUCUUACAGAAGAGUCCAAUGUGCAACCCGUUAGAUGCCCUGUGACAGUUUGUGGGGACAUUCACGGUCAAUUUCAUGAUCUGAUGGAGCUUUUCCGUAUUGGCGGGAAUUCGCCUGACACGAAUUAUCUAUUCAUGGGAGAUUACGUUGACCGUGGAUAUUAUUCCGUUGAAACUGUUACUCUUCUUGUCGCUCUCAAAGUCAGAUAUAGAGAUCGAGUUACAAUUCUUCGGGGCAACCAUGAGUCUAGGCAAAUCACUCAAGUAUACGGGUUUUAUGAUGAAUGCCUAAGGAAAUACGGCAAUGCGAAUGUCUGGAAGUUUUUCACCGACCUGUUCGAUUAUUUACCUUUGACAGCAUUAAUUGAUGACCAGAUCUUUUGUCUUCACGGUGGCCUAUCUCCAUCUAUUGAUACGUUAGACCACAUUCGGUCUUUGGACAGAAUUCAAGAAGUUCCCCAUGAAGGUCCUAUGUGCGAUUUGUUAUGGUCUGACCCAGAUGAUCGAUGCGGAUGGGGAAUUUCGCCCAGAGGUGCUGGAUAUACCUUUGGGCAAGAUAUAUCAGAGGCAUUCAAUCAUAACAAUGGGCUAACGUUGAUUGCUAGAGCUCAUCAAUUGGGAUAUAAUUGGUCGCAAGAUAGAAAUGUUGUUACAAUCUUCAGUGCUCCAAAUUAUUGCUAUCGUUGUGGUAAUCAAGCCGCCAUUAUGGAAAUUGAUGAGCACUUAAAAUAUACAUU